CAGGCUAUGGCGUCAGCAGUGGCUCCUUGGGCUCCCGGCUUGUGGCGGGCCUGCAACACGCUCAUGGCAGCUUUCUUCGGCCUGGCUGCUGUGGUGCAGGUGAACGAUCCAGAUGCAGAGUUGUGGGUGGUGGUGUACAUGAUCCCAGCAGUACUCGCCCUGCUUGUUGGGUUUAAUCCUCUUGUCACAGGCAACUUGAUCUGGAAGAGUAUGUCUACAGUACACAUGCUGUUUUGCACGCUGUGGGCUGGCGGCUUGGCUUACCACUUCUUGCUCCAUGCAAAGCAGAGCAUCCUAAAUGAGGAAGAAGGCAGUCUCCACUUGAAAACCCUACCAGACACCGUGUCUAAAUAUGUGUGACGGGACAGCAUUUUCCUAACCUUCCUGUGAGCAAAAGAUACUCUUACUGGGAAGGUGGAGAACUCAAGAUAAAAUUACAAGAAAAACAGACUUCAUCAAAGUCAGCUGAAAAUACUUGAUCUAAUUAGUUUCCGAUAUUUGAGAUUCCAAGUCCAUCGAAUGGGAUUAAAGCAAAAGGCUAGACAGCAAGAUCUCUAGUGAGCAUCCUCCCCAAAGCUCAAGACAAAAUGUCCCAAGAAUACCCUCCAGGCUGUGACACAUGAGCCUGUUUAGAUAAACUCGGAUCCUUUGGUGAUGUCUUAGAGAAGGUUUAGUCCCAGUGAUCUUUGCUCCAGAAAGCAAAUGUUAUUGCUCUCUACAUGGUCAUUUCCCGCUGACUGUGUAACCACACCCCAUUUUCUUUCAGGCCGAUUUCCCUUGUGAGUUCAUGGUUUGUGACAUCCCUUUUCUGGCCGACCACCUAGGGGUAGGUAUACAGCCCAAGCUGGGCCAAUAAACUUCAGCUUAGCAACACUUGCCAGGAGCUUGAGCAUGGCUGUUGAAGCUACUGCUGAAAGCUACAAGGGAAGUGACUACGGUAAAACUGUCUUGUCCCGACUCCAUUUUCUGGUUAGGCAUUCCUCAGUCCAGUCCCCCUCAACAGGCACUUCUUUCUUGGCAACACAACUGGGACUUUCUGUGACCCUGACCAUGGUCCAAAUGUACUAACCAAAAUAAUUAAUGUUUGUAAAAACUAAAGAUAA